AUGUCGAAGAGUAUGGUACGACCGAGUGAGAUAUUGGUUACAUUGAAACAACGUGAUGAUGCAAAUGCUUCCACAAUGAAGACAAUUUACAACGCACGUCAUAGGUAUAAAGUUGCUGAGAACGCUGGAAGAUCUCAAAUGCAACAACUAUUAGGUCAGUUAGCAAUGAACAAGUACAUUGAGUGGCAUAAGAGCUGUGCAGAUACUGAGACAGUGACUGAUUUGUUCUUUGCACAUCCUACUAGUUUGAAGUUGUUACAUGCAUUUCUAAAAGUAUUGUUGAUGGAUUGUACUUAUAAGACUAAUCGAUAUCGGUUUCCCCUUCUGCAGAUUGUAGACAAAGAAUUGGCCCUUAUGAAUGCCAUAUGUACGGUGUUUCCUGCAACUACAAAUUUGUUGUAUAGAUGGCAUAUUAGAAAAAAUGUGCUUGCUAAUUGCAAAAAGAUGUUUGAGACAAAGGAUAAAUGGGAAAUGUUUAUAAUGAGUUGGAAUAUGUUGGUUAUGUCAUCGUCUGAAGAAGAAUACAUACAACGACUGUCUUUGUUAUAUAGUGAGUUCAGUACUUAUCAAGAUGCACUUCAUUAUGUUACCUUAUCUUGGUUGGAUCCAUACAAGUCGAAAUUUGUGGCUGCUUGGACUGACACAUUUAUGCACUUUGGAAAUUCUACAACAAAUAGAUGUGUUGUUCGACGUACUCAUGGUUUGCCAUAUGCACAUGAGAUAGCAAAUUACAUGAGGGAAAAUCGGCCAAUUCCCCUCACUUCGGUUUAUUCAUAUUGGACUAAGCUUGAUAUGUUGAGUACCCCACACAUUGAAGUGGAUCCAGAUAUGAAGAGGUUUUUGUUACAAAAAUUGAGGGAGUUAGCCAAACCUGAUUGUACAUUUUUGAUUGAGCCAGAAGUGAAGUCUAAUCCACGGGGUCGACCAAAAUUGAAGAUUGAGACCUCCACUCGUCGUGAGCCAUCUGUGUUUGAAAUAGUUGCUUCAGCACAAGAUAGUUAUUCACCUGGAGUCAUUGCCAAGACGAGUGUAACAACAAAAAAGGUGAAAACAAAGAAGAAAGAAAAGGAUGUUGCAGCAGAUGGCAAUAGUGGGUUUCAAGCUAUUGCUGGUUUGAUGGGUUUUGGAGAAGAAUGA